AUGUCAAUUUUCACGCCUAUUAAUCAGUUAAAAUUAACGAACGUCGCGGUGGUUCGCCUAAAGCGUAAUGGAAAGCGAUUUGAAAUAGCUUGCUAUAAAAAUAAAGUCAUUUCCUGGCGUAAUAAAGCGGAAAAAGAUAUAGAAGAAGUACUCCAGACUCACUCCAUUUUUAUCAAUGUUUCCAAAGGUCAGGUCGCUAAAAAAGAAGAUCUUUUCAAAGCUUUUGGUACAUAUGACGAUACCGAAAUAUGCAAAGAGAUUUUAAUGAAAGGAGAUUUACAAGUAUCAGAGAAAGAACGUGCAUCCCAAAUUGAGACUAUGUUUCGAGAGAUUGCCACUAUAGUGGCUGAUAAAUGCGUAAAUCCAGAAACGAAAAGACCCUAUACUGUAAGUUUGAUUGAAAAGGGAAUGAAAGACAUCCAUUACUCUGUCAAGACGAAUAAGAAUACUAAACAACAAGCCUUGGACGUAAUCAGACAACUUAAAGAAAAUAUGCAGAUUGAGCGUGCACAAAUGAGGUUACGAUUAACUUUGACAGGUCGCGAAGGUAGGAAAGCUAAAGAGAUCUUGUAUCCGAAAAUGGCCCAUGUGGAGAAAGAUGAGUGGGAUAAUGGAUCACUAGAAAUUGUUUGCUUGAUCGAUCCGGGUCACCUGCGUUCAUUUGACGAAACGGUAAGAUCACUGACGAAAGGAAAGGGCUCAGUUGAGGUUUUAAAUCUAAAAGACAUUGAGGAAGGAGAUGGAAAGUUGAUAUAG